AUGCUGUGGGAGGAGUGCUCUGAGCUUCUGCUGCUGGUCAUUGACCCUCUACAUCCUACCCUCCACUACGUGUACAUGGAGUGCUUUGAGCUACUGCUAGUGGAAAUGCUCACCCUCCACUACGUGGACCGCAAGUGCUUCGAGCUGCUCCUAGUCGAGAUGCUCGUGAGCCUGAGCUACUUCAUUUCCCCCUCCCCCAUCCCCUACUCUCUCCCGUUUUCUCCCCGCUGCCUCCCCUCAGACCCUCCACUACGUGGACCGCGAGUGCUUCGAGCUGCUACUCGUUGA